CUUUGCUCAAAACAUUUAAAACACACACACACCCACACACAAAGAGGGAGAGCGAGAGAGAGGGAAAGAGAUAGAGAGAGAGAUGGCUUCCAUGCUGCAAAAGAGGAUGACAUUGCGAAGAAAGAUUCACAUCCUGCGAGCCCAUAGCAGCUCCAAAUCUCUAAAACUCAAAUUGGAGGCAAUCAAAAGAGAGUACUCGGCUAUGAUAAGACAAUAUCUAAAGCUGAUGAAGCGUAUGCAAGUGCCCAAUAAGGACGUGGAAGUGCACAAGGUGGGGCAGGGAUUUCUAGUAAGGGUAAACUGUGAGAAAGGAACAGAUAGACUGGUUACAAUCCUAGAGGCGUUUGAUGAGAUGGGUCUUAAUGUUCAGCAAGCUAAAGUUUCGUGCAGCAACUGUUUUGCAUUGGAAGCCAUUGCUGUAGCAGAAGACCAAGCUCUGGAUGUAAAGGAAGUAAUCAAAGCUCUUCUUAGGACAACUGAAAAGAAAGGAGGAGGGCCAACACAUUAAUGAAUAAGCUUGGGAAAUAUUUGUAGCUACUAUUUACUCGAAGUGAUGCGUUUGUUCGAGUUACUAUCUAUAUCAAAUGAAGGGGAAACCUUUUCUCUC